AACCUGGCCCUGUGGUCUUGGGGGUGUGAGAGGGGAGACGCAGGCCUGGGAGCUGUGAAAGUGGGGGGCGGGGAGGAAGGUGGGGUGUCCUCCCUGGAAGUAUGUACAGAACCGGCGGCUCUGGGAUGAAGUGGGGGCGGGCCCAGCUCUGGGGCGUCUCAGCCAGCCCCCAGCCCCUGCUCCCUCGAGCCCUCCAUUUCCUGACCAGCUCUAGGAACAAAACCAGAAGCUGAACAAGGAAGCAGCCGCACAAAGAAAAACAGAAGUGGGAGCUGGGGCCUGGCCCUCCCGGUGAGGAGGACAGAAGCCGUGGGUCCAGGAGGCCGGGCGCCGCUGCCCGUGACCUUGUGGCGCAGAGAUGACCCCGCAGGGCCGGGCGUCCAGGCUGCCGGCAGCCCUGCUGCUGCUCUGGGUCCCAGGCUGUUUGUCUCUGAGCGGCCCCGAGCACGUGACAGGCACCGUGGGGGGAUCGCUGAGCGUGCAGUGUCGGUACGAGAAGGAGUACAGAGACUAUAACAAAUACUGGUGCAAAAGCCCAUGUUUGCCAGCACUGAGGACGAAGAUUGUGGAGGCCACAGAGUCAGAGAGAGAAGUGAGGCGCGGCCGUGUGUCCAUCAGGGACCAUCCAGCAACCCUCACCUUCACAGUGAUCUUGAAGAACCUCACAGAGGGCGAUGGAGGCACUUACAGGUGUGGGAUCGAUACACCAUGGACAGAAAGACUGAUAGACAUCACCUUCAAGGUUGAGGUGUCUGUGUUCCCAGCAGCACCAACCUCCAGGCGAACUACAACUACAACUACAAGUACAAGCACCACUACAGCCACGACCUCGACCGUCACAGCCCAAAUUCCAACUGUGUCCACAGCCCGGACAGUGAACGCCACCCAGAGCAGGAGCAGCCAGGAUGGCUCCCAGCUGAGCCCGGACUCGGACCACGGAUCCCCGUCCCACCCUGCCCCGCCCUUGCCUCCCUCCAGGCUCCCUGUGCUGCUCAUCUUGUUGGCGCUUCUGCUGCUCCUCCUGGCGGGGGCCUCACUGCUGGCCUGGAGAAUGGUGCGGAGGCGGAGGCGGGGCAAAGCUGGUGGGAAUCCGGAGCCACUCCAGAACCCCUGUCAGGCCGCCCCGCAGAGGGAGCCCUGCUACGCCAACCUGGAGCUGCAGACGCUCCUUCAGGGAGAGCCCGUGCGCCCGAGGCAGGAGGAGGUGGAAUACAGCGCGGUGGCCCCCAGGGAAGACCUGCACUACUCCAUGGUGGUUUUCACGGCACAGCAUCAGGAGCCUGAGGACCAGAGGCCCUCCCAGAGGCCCCAGCGGCAGGAGCCAGAGUACAGCGCGAUCAGGAAGACAGAGUACAGCGCGAUCAGGGAGACACGGCAAGAGCCAGAGUACAGCGCCAUCAGGGAGACACGGCCGGAGCCAGAGUACAGCACCAUCAGGGAGACGUAGCUGGCCUCCCGCCUCCCCGCCUGGAGGUCUCUGUGGGGAGCCCAGGCCCCCCCCCUUCCCCCACGUGCCCCUCAGCCUGCUCCCCUCCAACAAGGGGCUGGGCUCCCAUCGGCUGUCCCUCUGGCGCUGGGAUCUGCGGGGACCCUCCCAUGGGGCUGCUCUGUCACAUCUUCCCUCUAUUCUCUGCCUCACUCCAGCCGCGCGAUGGCGCUCAGCCCCGCGGGAUCCAGGACAGGGAGGCGCACACAGACUGUCCCUCCCAGUGGCUUCGUAAGGCCCUGCCAGUGGCCGGGAGGGAGAACCGGCAGAGAGCGGGGAGCCCCUCGGUGCUGAGAGCAGACCCCUCUUCUCCGGGCGAGGAGGCUGGAGGAGAGGCUGCCCUGGACCAGACCCAGCAGCGGGCAUGUCCUCGGCUCCCCUGGACCCUGAGAGGUUGAGUUUAAUACAAGAGACAGCAAUAAAGGUGACAUCUUGAGAGAGAAGAGGCGUUAUUGGAACGAUGCCUGCCGGCGUGGGCUCCGCAUUGAAGAAAGCUCCUGCCCUUGAUCCCAGAGGAGCAGAGCGGCUGGAGGGGCCCCAGGGGGUGGGGACAUCCCAGAGGUCAGCACUGGGUGGGACAGGGGCAGCCACCCCUCGUUCUCUCCACGUCAGGGGGUUCAGACCUCAGAGCCUUGUCUGCCGCCGUCUCCGCUGUGCAAAGUCUCAGGGCUUUUGUUUCGACGGUUCACAAUGUUGUGACCCAUGUUAAGUAAGUAAGAGUAAAAAGCAAGGAGUGUAUGUCAGUAUGUCCCGUAAGUCAAAGGGAGGCCUGACCCCUGACCCCUGGGGGUACCGGCCGUGGUGAUGCUGCCAUCACAAUCAACUUGAGGCUUUCGAGCACUUUUCUCUGGGCUGUGGGCCCAUAGCUUCGGAAGGUUUUUCCCGAGGGCGGACGGACACAUCUGCUGGUGUCUUCUUCAGAUUUUCGUGAUCUGUGCAUGCGAGUCAUCCCCGUACUUCCUCUCUCUUUACUGCUGUUCUGAGAUGCAAAGGGGAAAUACACACACACACACACACACACACACACACACAGAAUGGGGGUAUCGGAUUCCCCAGGUGGCCCGUGAAAUCACAAGGGGCUUUGUGGGAGGGAAGCCAGAGGGUUAGAGUUAGAAAAAAUCGAUGACAAAGUGUGUGGGGGGAUUAUUCAGAUUCACCCAAUUUUAAAAACAUGUUCCCACAUUUGUUUUGUUAUUCUAUCUAUAUCUGUAUCU